AUGGAAAAAUAAAAAAGUCUAAUUGAUGUAUAAAAAUAAUAAUAUUGUUAGCUUACUUUUGAACAUGGAUAGAGUUACGAAGAAAAAGUAAGAGGGAAUUAAUGGUUAUUUGAGUAUAUGACUGAAUGCUUAAAGGAGGUAUAGAAUUUGAAUGAUUGAUUAGAAAAUUCUGGAGUUAUUAAACACUAUGUUUGGAGACUAUGUUAAUGAUCUGUUUCUUAUUGCUAGUUUUAUUUUGAUUUUAGUAGGAAUAGCUUAUGAUGACAAUACAGAAGAUGUCAUACCAUCGUAAUUAUUGAACAAUUUACAAAUAGACUCAUUUUGUUUAUAGUUUACUUAUUACCCUUUCUAAUUGAAGCUGGAAUUAGAGCAAUAUAAUUAUUAAUAGAGUAAAAGUAAAGUUGGCAAUCUAUUUUGUAAUAAACACGGAUUGUCUAUACUAGACUAAAAGGAUUUAAACGUGAAGACUUAGUCUAUAAUGAUACAUAAAAUUUCAUCAAAUAGGCACGAUCAUCUUCAAUUAGAAGUAUUUAAUACCUUGAUUCAUAAUCCAAUGUGCCUGAUAUUCUACCUGCUUCAAAUGUUGAGGAUGUAAAUUAUAGCAAUUUGAAAAGAGGAGACUUUAUUCUUCUUAGCCGUAAUUAAUAGUGUCCAGGUGAUUUAGUUAUAUUAGAUAUGAGCAAUAGAUAUGGAUACUUUUAUUCGAAAAGUUAUUACAAAUAGGCUUUUCUUUAACGUAAGGAACCUAUGAAGACAACAAAAGUUGAAAUGAAUGCACCUAACAAAGGAGAUUUAAAUUAUUUGAGGAAGAUUUUAAAAGGUAAAAUAAGCUUUAAUAAUAAUUACAAUUUUGAAUAAUUUGAAGGUCAUAUUAAAUUAUCUAAAGAUCCAAAAGGAGAACCUAUAUUACCAGAAAAUAUUCUUUUUUUUGGAUAAGCAUUAUAAUUUAGUGAAUGGGUAUUUGGAAUAUUAAUCAAUGUUGGUGGACAAUCAUUAUAUUGUAGAAAAGUUUAAUCUGUUAAAAAACAAUAGAAAAAUAAAAAUAGAUAUAAAAAUCUUAGCAUAUUAUAAUUAUUCUUAUAUAUUAUUAUGCCUAUAAUUGCAUCAUUGAUUUAAUAUUAUGGAUACUAAUCUAAUUAAUCAUUUAACCAUAUAUUAUUACAUUGUUAUUAACAAUUUUUGGCUAUUUUACCAUCAUAUUUGAAUUUAUUUCUACAUUUAUUUGAUAUAGUUCUUAUCAUCAAUGAAAAUAGAUCAUAAUUAUAAUCAAAAGACUGUAAAGAAUUGAUAUUGGAUUCAAAAAUAAUUAGUAAAUAAUAGAAUAUAAAUUAUCCUAUCAAUAUGACAGAAAUUAUGGAUACUACUCAUGUAUUUCUAAAUAUUCAGAUAUUAUCUGAUGCAAAAAUUGAAGCUUUAUGUCAUGGAGAUACUAUUUAUUAGAUUGAUUAAACUUUGAUUCCAGAUUUAGUUUUAUCAUAAUCAUUUAAAAAAACUUAAUUUUAUUAUAAUUUAAUUAAGUAAGUUAAUGAUUAAAACAUUGAAAUCUUACAAGAGAAGAUUGAAACAAUAACUCCAAAUGUGCCUCCUUAAAAAUUAAGUAUAACUUCUCAUUAAUAAUUUAAUUUCAAUAUUAUUAAAGAUACUGGAUAAAAUAAGAGACCUUUUUUUAAAUAAAACACUUAAACUCUUCAUUCUCCUAUACUUAAUAAUCCUAAUAGUGCAAGACCCUCAUUAGAAAUCUUUCAUAGUAUGGAUGGAGGAUUAAUUUAAUCUACGUUAGCUGGGAAUCUUCUGAAUUAACAAUAACAUAGUUAAAUUAGUUAAGAACCUGAAGAAGAAUAAGUUAAAUAAGUCUAAAUUUAUAGGGAAAAUACACUUGUUGAAUUAGGAUUAAACUAACCUUUUUAAUAUUUUGAAUUAUUUUCUGUUAUAUCAUUGUGUCAUCUAACUAGAAGUGAAUUAAUGAGUGGAGGAGAAGAAAACAGGUUAUCUUCAAAAAAUUCAAAAUUAGGAUUUACAGAAAGAGAUAGAAUAAGAAAACCUAAAUUUAACAUUGAUUAAUAUUUUCUAGCUGAAGAUGAAGCAUUAUUAAAAUUAAGUAAACUUUUCAAAAUUUCAUAUAAAACUUAUGGUUAUAAUAAAUAAGAGUAACUUUGUUAUGUAUUAAAAAUUAAUGAUUUAGAAAUUCCUUACAUAAUUCACUAUAGAUUAUAUCAUUAAGGAUUUAUAGAUUAUGAUGAAACAAAAAAUAAUAAAAUGUUUAAAAUACCUUCUAGAUUUAUAGCUAUGAUGAUUUAAGAUAAUAAUUUUUAAAUAAAAGAAUCAAAUUAAUUAGUUUUAUUAUGUAGAUUCUGUAUUGUAACAAUUUCUGAUAUUCCUGGAUAUGAGAAAUUUGAUUUAGUAAAGAAAACAUAAUUAUAAAAAUAAAUCCAAUAUUUAAUUAAUAGAGGAGAUAUUAUUGUAUGUUUUUUAAAAAUGUCAAUAAAAUAAUAAGAUUUAUAAGAAUCAAAGAGUUUGAUAAUAAAUGAUUAUGAUAAAACUAUUUAAUUGAUAGAAUUAUUAUCUGAAAAUUAGUAUGAUAUUAUUGGUCUUUUUGGGAUAAGUUAAAAUGAUAAUUAAGAUUUAAUUAAAGAAUCCUUUAUUACUAAUAGAGCAAGAGUAGUUAUUUAAUCAGAAAAACCAUACGAAUUAGUUUUACCAUUUUGUAUUAAAAAUAGUGUUUUACAUAAUGAAACUAUUACAUAUAUAUUCUAAUCUUCUUCAAGAGAUGAUAUUCUUUAUUAAAUUAGAUAAAUUAUUAGUAGUCUAAGUUAAGAGGAUCCAAAGAAAAGUUCAAAUUAAUUAAAUCGUAGAAAUGCAUAAGUUUAAACUGAUAAAAUUAAAAUUAAUAAUAAUGCUUUAAUUAUAGAUGGAAAUGUAUUGGAUUUAAUUUUAAAUGAUAAAUAUCUAAAUAAUCAUUUUGGAUUUAUCAUUCAUUUUAAUAAAAUUAUUAUUGUUUAUAAUAUGAACAACAAUUUAAAGUAAAAAUUAUUAAAUUUUGUAACUACAUAUGAUAGUGAAUAUUCUUCAUCCUUAUGUGUUAAUUAUAGUGCAGGAUCACAUGGUUUAGUGAAAAUGAGUAAUUUCUCUUAUUAGAGACAUGAUGAAAUAGAAUCAGAUGUAAUGGGUUUUAUUAAUUAAUAUUCAAUAAAUAUAGAUGAGUUAGAAUUGUUUGAUAAUUUAGUAAUUAAAACUGGAUUUUAAUUAUUUUAAAUUAAAGAUGCAACAUAACGUAUAUGUAUUUAAUGGAAUUUAUGUUUUGCAUUAUUGUAAAUGACAUUCUAUUGUUUUCCACAUUAUAAUGGUUAAUUAUUAUCAAAAGAUAGAUUAUUAAUAUUAUAAAUAUUAGUGCCAGCAAUACUUUUAACAUAUGCAAUUAAAACUAUUUUUGUAGAAUAAGAAUAUUUGAGUGUGAAAAUAAAUACAAUUAAAUAGAAAUCACUAGAUUUAGAGAAUAAUCAUAUUGUAGAAUUAUUAUUAGAAACAAUAAUGGAUGUAUUUUUAAUAACUGUUGUAAGAUAUAUUUGUUAUAUCACUGAUAUUUAAAUAGGAGUUUACAAUACAAAAGAAGAGAUAGCAUUAUUUUUUAGUUUUAUUUUAAUAAUACAUCUCUUUAAAUUAGCUUUAUUAUCAAAGGAAAUAUAUUUAGCAUUAUUUUUAUCUUUAAGUACUUUAUUAUUGAUAUUAUUACAUAUAACAAUAGAGAUGAUAAAUUUGGAUUAUGAUAUAUUAAGAUAAUUUUUAAUAUAACCUACUACUAUAAUGUCAUUUUUGAUAUUAUUGGCAAUGAAAUUAGUUGUUAAUAUAUUUGGACAAUUUAGCAUUUAUUUGUAUAAUAGUUUUUUAGAAAGAUCUUAAUAAGAUAUUGAUUUUAAUUUAAUUUUGGAAACAAUUACAAAAGAAUUGUAGAGUAUGAAAAAUAUUUAAUAUUUAAUAAAAAAAGUGUUCAAGGAUUCAGAGAUAGAUUUAUCAGUAAAAUAAAUAUUAGGUGAAAAUAAGAAUCAAUUAAUUUAAUUAAAUAAUUAUACAUUAAAUUUUGAAGAACAUAUUUAUAAUUAAGAAUUCAUAUAAAUGUACAUAUCAAAAUGGAAAUUUAUAGGUAUUAUAACAAAUCUAAGUUAUUUUUUUGGUUUAGAUAUAUUUUUAUUAAUACAUUAUGGAUUAAGAUUUGAGAAAAUCAAUACAGCAUUAUUUACUAUAAUGUUAUUCUUAACUUUUUGUUAAGUAUUUCUUAUUAAUUAAUCUUGUUAUCCAAAAUAUAAAAAGUUAAUUAUAUAUUUUGGAUUUGUGUAAACAAUAUUUAGAUUAUUUAUAAUAAGUGUUGAUGUAUAUGAUCAUGAUAAAUAAUUUUAUGCAUUUAUCUUUUAUUAUUUGGUCAUUUUUUCAUUAACAUAAUAAAUCAAUUAUAAAUACAUUUUUAUAGUGAUAUAAUAAAUAAUGACAUUAAUAUCUGGAAUAGUUAUGUUAAAUGCAAAUAAAAUGUAAAAUGCAGAAAAUGUAUAUUUAGGUGAAAUAAUAGUAUUAUUUGUGGCUUUUAGUAUUAUUUCUCUAUAAUCUCGUUAUUAAGAUGAUGUUACUCAAAGAGAGGAUUAUAUUUGUGGUAAAGUAUUAGAAAUUGAAAGAUCUAAGUAUUAAUCAGUAAUGUCAUUAUUAUUACCUCCAUUUGUAUUAGGUAGACUUGAUUAAGGAAAUCUUAAUUUUUCAGAGAAUUAAGGAUUGGUUGGUAUAAUCUUUGUGGAUAUGUGUAGUUUUGAUAUAAUAGUAAGUGAAGAGGCUUAAAAUAUAGUAUAAUUAAUGGAUAAUAUCUAUCGAUAAUUUGAUUAAAUUUGUUCAUCAACUAAUUGUCAGAAAAUAGAGACUGUUGGAAAGACUUAUAUGGCUUGUUCAGGAUUAUAAUGUGUAGAGAAAUUUUAGCCAAAAGGUCAUUUAAAGAAUCCUAUAGAAAGAUUAGUAGAAUUAGCUUUUGGAAUUCAAUAAGAAAUUACUAAUUUUAAAUGGGGACCUAAUUAAAAGAGUUUUGGAUUGAAAAUUGGUAUACAUUAUGGUAGAGUCCUAAUGGGUGUGAUUGGAUCAAUAAAACCAUAAUUUUCAUUGAUUGGCGAUACUGUCAAUACAACUAGUAGAUUAUGUGCUCAUUGUCCAGAAGGUUUAAUAUAAAUAUCUCUUUAAGCAUUUGAUUAAAUAAAAAAUGUUAAAUCAAUUAAAUUUACAACUAGUAAAAUUGAAGCUAAAGGUAAAGGUAUAAUUGAAACUUAUUUGAUUGAAAAGAAAAGGAAUUUUGAAUAAUCUUUUAAUAAUAAAUAAAAAAAAUCAGAAAUGCCACAUAUAGAUUAAAAAUUGAAAUUUGUAUUGAAUAAUUAAUAAUAACAAAACUCUUUUAGAAAUCCAAAUUAAAUUAGUAUAGCAGCAAUUAGAUAAAAGACUACUAGACAUUUAACUAAUAAAUUGAAUUCUAUGAAAUAAGAGGAUAAUUAAUAAUUAAAUCAACCAUAAUAUAAUUAAGGAUAAUAAUAACCAAAUUAAUAGGUUUUAUCUACUUAAUAAUAAAUAAUUAAUUAAAAAACACCUACUCUUAAUUUUACAGCAAGUUAAUUAUAAUUAUUUAGAAAAUAAACAAAAAGAAAUUUAAUGAAUAAUUAAACAAAUUUAUCAUCACUUAGUUAAAUAUAAUCUCCUCAUAUUUUAUAACAAAAUCAUAAUAUUCUAGGUCCUAAUAAUAAAUUAGUUCAUUAAAAAUCUAUAUUUAGUUAACAACAAUAACAAUAGAAUUAAUAAAUGUCAUAAUAAUUAGAAAAAAUUGAUAAAUAUUAAUAAUAAUCAUCAAUACAUCUACCAUAAUAAGAUCCUUCAAAUUAGAAUAUUUUAGCUGGUAUACCUGAUAUACCAUUAGAUCAAUCUUUGAAUGUAAUGGAUUCUUCAAUGAAAGAAUAGACUCCAUUUAAUUGUAGAAGAGAUGAUUAAAAAAAGUUUAUUGAUUCUGCAAUUAGAGUGAUCAAAUUUAAUGAUAUAGAAUUAUUUAUAAAAUAAAAACCAGAAGUUUUUAAUAAGACUAUUCCUUUAUUUAAGAUAUAAGAGUUUUUUUUAGAAGGUAAAAGUACAACAUUAUAAGAGAAUAAUAAUAAUAAUUGGCAUUUGAUUUCAAAAGAGUUUUUAUUUGAAGCAUUUAAGAAUAGUGAAAAUGUCAGUAGAUAUUAUGGUAAAGAAUUAGAAAAUGGUAUUAGAAGUGUUUUUGUAUCAUUAUUACUUUUUUUAAUGAUACAUAUCCUAUUUAUAAUACUUUCUUAAUUAUAAUAAGUAAAUACUUAAUAGGCAGUAAUAAGAGCAUUAGGAUGUUUUUUUAUUUUAAUAGAAUUAUAUUUUUUAAAAGCUCAUUUUUUUGAAUGGAAAAGAGAAAGAUUAUUAAAAGUAAUUAUUAUAUAAUUAAUAUCUUAAUGUAUUAUAUUAGGAGUAUUUUAUGAUUAAGAUAAAGAUAAAUCAAUAAUUUUAUCAAUAGAAUCAAUAAUUACUAGUUGUUUAUUAUUUGCACAUAAAUGGCUAUAUGUUUAAGAAAAGAUAUUAAUUUGUGCAUUUAUGUUAACUGCUUGGUUAAUUAUUAUUAGUUCAGUAUUUAUAAUAAAUAUUUGGGAAGUAUUCUUUCUAUUAAUUUCAAUUGCUUUAUUAUUAUAAAGAGAAUUAUUAAGUUAUUUGUUUUCUUAUAAAUAAAUGCUUAAUUAAGAAUAAAUAGAGAUAAAAAAAGAAGAUAAAAUAAAUCUUUUAAGUUGUUUAUUACCUAUUCAUGUUUUAAGUUAAUUUUUAGAUGAUUCUACAAGUGCAAGAUUAUUCUCUGAUGUUUAUAAUGAUUGUACAAUCUUAUUUGCAGAUAUUGCUGGAUUUACUAAGUAUUCAUCAAGUGUAUAACCAGAAGAAGUUGUCUCAAUGCUUAAAAAUUUAUUUGAUGAAUUUGAUACAUUAACUUAAGUUAAUAAUGUAUUCAAAUUAUAUACAAUUGGUGAUUGUUAUGUUGUAAUAGGAGUAACAGAUAAUUUCAAAAGAGAUCCAAUUUAAGAAGCAUUAAAUGUAGUUGAAAUGAGUCUCAAUAUGUUGGAAGCAAUAACAAGAGUAAGAAAUUAAAUAAAGUAUUAAGAUCUUCAUAUGAGAAUUGGAAUACAUACGGUAUUUUUUAUUAAUAUAAUAGGGUAAUGUAAUUGGUGGUAUUAUUGGUACAGAUAUCAUUAGAUAUGAUGUAUAUGGUAAAGACAUUCUCAUUGCAAAUAAAAUGGAAAGCAGUUCUGAAGAAGGUAGAGUAUUAAUAUCAGAAACUACAAAAAAAUUAAUAGAAGAAAACUUUCCUUAAGAUUAUAUAUUCAAUGGACGAAAAUUAAUUAAUAUUCCAUCAAUUAAUACAACUAUUACUGGAUUCUUUUUAGACACAGCAAUUUGA